AUGAAAAGAAGGCGUAUCACAAUUGCAUGGGGAGGUGUGGUAUCGGAAGUCAUCGGCGUAAUCCUUCGAUGUUGGGGGAGGCUUGGGUUUCAUCACAAGGUUAGGAACCAAGGCGUGAUGGGUGCUGUCCUGGACUCGGUUGUUUGGGAGCAAAAUCGACCAAUCGACAAUACUAUGGGGGCGCGGAGUCAACCAACUGACGCGAUAUCACCAACGGCUAUGAAAGAAUGUUCAUGGGUCCUGUCCUGGAAUCUGGCCUUUCCCAAGUCAAAACGCGAUCCCAAAACACAGUAUGGGGAAGUGUGGGAUCAUCGUAGCUGUGACCCGCUGAUCAUGUGGGUAGAGUUUGGGUUUCUGUCGCAAUACUACACCAAUUGGCCAGGAAUGAUGGGUGCUAGGGACAGCAUUGAACAAUUCGACAUGGCUGAGGUGCUGAGAUCGGGGUUUUGGAACCAAAAAGCACCAAAUGAGAAGCUGAUGGGGAGGCGGGAUCAAAAGACGAUGUGUGGUAGGAUCAUGUGCGCGCAGCUUGGUUCUGUUGCAAUAACAGCAGCUUGUAAGGAAUUAUGGGUGCUGUUCCCGACUUUGGUCUAUCAACAAAACCGAUACUGAAAUAGGCCGAUGUUGGUGGAGUUGGGACUUGUCAAACACGUCCAAAUUUUUCAUGAUGGCUGUGCCCUGCACUCGGUCGUUUGAACCAAUCUAGAAACUGGUGCAGAUUAUGGAGAGGUGUGGAAUCAGCCAUGGCUGCACUGAUGGCCAUGUAAGUAGAGCCUGGUUCUGUCAAAAACUCUGUUUACCGAGAAGCGCAAUGGAUCCUGUCCUCGGCCUUCGUCUUCUCACCAAGCGGCGAAAAGGAGUUUUCCAUGUUAUCAGAGUUGGGACUUGCUAAACCGAACCGUCCUUAUCGUCGUAUGGCUGUGCCCUGAACUCGCUCGUUUGGGGCCAAAUCAGGAACUUAGUGGGCAUAUGGAGAGGUGUGAAAUCAACUGGCCCCGCACUACCAGCAAAAUGGGUAGAGCCUGAUUCCGUCAAUAACCAAGCUCACUGGAUGUUAUGAAUGCUGUCCCCGGCUUUAGUCCCAUCAACUACAGAAUAUCGUAAAGUGC